GGAAAGGAAGGAAGCAGAUGAAAGGAAAGGAAAGGAAAGGAGAGGAGAGAGGAGGAGGAGGUGGCGGUGGCGGUGGAAGAAAGGCGCAACAACCUCUGUGUCUGAUACUCAUAAACGCCAGAGAGAGAUGGGGAAGAAGAGAAAGUCCAUAGCCACCAGCCUGGACGAGGUGGAUCGAACCAUCUACGCCUCCUUCUCCAGCGCCGCCAAUUCUCUCUCACACCUCUACACCCUCUCCAUGAGCCACCAGAAACUCUCCUUCCAAGCCGGUCAACGCCACUCUCUCGAAAACCUAUAUCACUGGAUCUGGAGGCAACAAGAGACCGGAUCAAGAGUUGCAACUCUUGAUAUACUCACCUACAUUCAGCAGAAUGAGCUGGAUUACAGCGGAGAGGAGCCAUGUGUUUCACCUACAGCUCCACAGCAACACCAGCAGUCACAACCAGUGAUGCAUGUCACUUGUUCAGGCUUUCCGGUAACAACAGGAUUUUCUGGCCAAACAAUUGUGGGGCAGGGACUCGGGUCUGUGCACUGUGAUAAUCAAUCAAAGAAUUCUGUGUUUUCAAAUGCUUUGUCAAACCCUGUUCGUCAAAUUGGUGAGGGAGGGAACUACCCAAGUGGUCUCUCCAUGGGGAGUGGAAACCGGAGCAGUGAACACAGUUCUCUUCAUCAGCAAAGCAGGGACUCUGCUGCAUUUAGUUCCAAUGAUUCUGCCAUGGACAUGCAUGCAGACUAGUCCUGUCUAUUGUUUUAUUUGCUGAACAUAUUUGUUUGGCCAUCCCUCUACAUUACCAGCACAAGAAGUGAAUAUCCAUUGGAAGGGCAUAUCUGGUUCUGCACGUUGCGACUUACUCCUACUACUAAUAGCAGCAGGGUGGAACCAGUUUUAUUAACUUAUUAAAAUGCGUAUGCCAUCCGAGUGAUAGCUUGGAUGUUAAAUGUUCUUUGUAAGUUUUUUUUUGUUGAAAUAGUUUAAAGGCAUUUAAAUUUGUAUCUUGAUUGUCUCCUUACUCCUCCUUCUCAAAGACAACCUUUUCAAUGUAGGGAUUGGUUCUAUAUGAAGUUUCUUAUGUAAAUCUGUCCUUUUUACAAGUUCUA